GGUGGGGCUAUGUCAUCGGUGUCGAUCGCCUAGCGGCCCGUCCCUAAUUCUGGGUAGCUUUGCGACAUGUUGCGACAUCUCGAGGAAACUGUUGUUGAAGCUUGCAUUGAACUCCUGCAUACUUGGAAUUGACCAUGGAGCCCUCCCCGCUGAUGCAGGAUUCCAGGCCAGAGGUCUUCGAGCCCAAGAUCAUCCGCCUCUACGAAUCCUUAUUCAAGGAUGAAGACGACGACGCCGAACUGUCCGAGGGCUUCUGGCAAGAGUUCUUCCUCCACCGGCCAGACCCCGCGGGCCUCAAGCGCAUACUGCGUCCCAUAGCGCCCGACGACAUGCUCCACCAGCAGGCGCAUUCACAACAGCUCGUCCGCCGCGCCGUUCUCCGUGUCAAGCAGGCCAAAUCGCCAGCAGACCACUUCGCGCUCGAGACCUUGACCGUCUUCCUAGAUGCCGCCCUGGCCAAGAAGUACACGAACCCCAGCUCCGACAUCAUAUCCGUCCUCGCCGGCCUGCACGAUGCAGACGCCGUCAUGACCGACUUCGUGGCGACCCUGGACGUGGUGAUUCGCAGUGGCCGCAGCAUACCUUUGCGACUCCGAGCCGUCCAAGCCACCUUGUCCAUAACCGCUGCUGGCUUCCACACAGCCCUGCCCUCCUACUUCACCCACCGCGACCUUUUCCCCUCCCUCAUGAAGUACAUCCAAGAAUGUGAAACCCAUACCCAGAUCCUGCCGGCCUUUUACCUUCUGGGUCUACUCGCCAACUACAACAAGUUCGAGUUUCAGAAUCCCUACAGACUGCGACUGGAUGACUUCGUCAACGACGCCAUCAUACAGGACAUGAUAACGUGCUUUGGAACCACCUGUCUGCAGCUGAGGGACGCAUACAUAGCCGUGCAGGACGAUAUACCUGAGGCGUGGACAUUAGGUUCCACACUGAGCUACUUUGGUCUCGGGGUACUUGCUCCCGGGUCACGGCCUUCCACUCCGGCACCACCCCUCGACGAGACGAAAUCCUUGUUUGCUGCGUUACCGGGUCCAGAGAUUGGUAUACUCCUGUCCACCUACGACUUUGCAAAUGCGAACAAGGUCUUCUGCUCAAAUCUGGUUACGCUACAGCCACAGACAAAGGACGACGCCUCACCCCUGAAUGCGUUUUUCUCGUUGACCUCAUAUCUAUUUCAACAUGCGCACCGAUCCUCCAGAUCUGCAUUGUACACGUACCUAAGCCUCUUUAUACUGCAAAUACUUGUUGAGGAUCAAGCGCUUGUCAAACGACUCUGUAGCGACGAGAACAAACUUACAGUACGACUCUGUCGCCAAAGACAGCCAUACUUGCCGUUGACCAGGGGUGAUCGAGUUCCUGCUGCUGUUAUUUUGGACUUGAUGGUUGAUGGCAUUAAUCACAACCUGCGCAGACGACUUGAUAUGGACUUUUACAUUCUCACACUCGGGGUUCUUCUUCGAGUCUUAUCGUACCUCAGCCGCGCCAAAGUCAGAACCGCAUAUCACUGGUCAGAGCUUUGGAGAACUCUUUUAUCCUUCAUUCGCUUCUUAACAACGUACGAGAGCGACAUCAAGUCAACCUAUAAAUCUUCCCAGAUGAUUGACACUCUUGUCAAUUUAUUGGCCUUUGCACUCUCGAGCGGCGAAAACUUUCUUCCCGACCCAGCUUCUUACGACGACCUAUUCUACAAACUUGUUGAGACUGGGGAUGUGCUCGUCAAGUUCCGAGAUACAUUUGGCCUCUCGAACCAGACUGGAUCCAUGCAAAUUCUGAUCAACGUCUCGUCUCACUAUCACACCUUGCUGAAUGGCGGCGACAAAGGGAAAUCACGCAAUAAGCAUCUAAGCCCCAGUGAAGUGGGCGAUGUCAUCAAGCAAGGCUAUGAAACAUUAUCGAUUGACGCGAGUGAGGGUCUGGAGCGAUGGGACAAGUUCCGUGAAGCGGAUCUAAAAACGUUUUUGAAGAAAAUCGCAAGGACUGCAGUGGACGACGCGAAGACCUUGAAUCAGGAACUUUAAGGCUCCUGAUCCACAUGGGCGCAGUCAGCACUAAAAUCUCAUUCGCGUUGAUAUUCUCCUGCAAUCGAAGAAUUACGCAAGUAUUGUAUCCAUGCGUAGGGCGUCCAAGUUUCUAGUAGCUUGCAUAUAUUUCACUACUCUUGUGAGUUCUUCUCAUGUGUUGAAGCAUUGCCACGAUGGAUGGUUAUUGAUACUUAUAACAUAGUCCAGUCUGUUUUGGCUUUU